CACUAGAGUCAUCCAGCUAGGGCCAGUCCAGGCCAGGCCAGUAGGAUGUUGGGAGCAAGAGGUUUUGUGGUCUUCUGUGCACAUAUCAGCUCUCUUUUUUCCAUGUACAUUUGUAGCAGGGGCUGGGUAGAGGAAAUGAAAGGAAGAAAGGAAAGGAAGUAAAAGAAGGACAGUGGCCAAAGUAGAGAGGACAGGGGUAGCAACCAGAGUCCCAGAACCUGUUUAUGAUGCAAAGAUGUGGAAAAGCUUUGUAUUGCUUCCCUGGAGAAAGGAGCCUAAAACUGAAGUCUAAUUGUAAGGAAUGAUUGUUAAUGAGUUGUCUAAACGCAAUAGAUGGAAAGAAUUAAAAACCCAGAAGAAGCAUAGUUUCAGUAAUGCACAAUAAAGAAACCACAAAUGGGGUGAACAGCACCCUCCUCUGUCAUGCAACACACCCUCUCUUUCCUCUGUGUGGACCUGGAAAGUGGCAGCAAGCUAGGUCCUACAACAAGGAACUUUGCAAUUUUCAGGGGACCAUGAGCAUUGCAGACAAUAUUUGCAAGGGUAAGAAUUGCCUGGGGCCAUACCUUUUUUACUCUAUCUCUGUGUAGGUAUAUACUUUAUGGUGUUUAUCUACAGAUAUACACAAGUGGGCUUUGGUUAUAGCACUAGUGUAAGUGUGAUCCAUGUGUCUCUUCCCAGACUGGAUACCAGUGGUUGAUGUUGUGUGGAACCUCAGACUAUAGUUGGGGAACAAUCUCUGGCUUUUAGGGCUGCUGCUGUAGCCAGCCUUCUGCUCAAGAAACUGUUCCAUGGCACCCCUGUUAACGAUUGAGAAUUUCUUGAGUUGGAAGACCAAGUUUGACGCAGAACUCCAGGAAAUUAAAAAGAAACAAAUGAAAGAAGAGGAACAAGCAGGGAAAAAUAAACUAAGUGGGAACAAGUUAUUGGAAACAGGUCAUAAUCUUGAUACGUCCGAUAUCCAAUUCUUGGAGGAUGCUGGGAAUAACGUGGAGGUGGAUGAGUCAUUGUUUCAAGAAAUGGAUAAUUUGGAGCUAGAAGAUGGUGAGGAUGAUCCUGACUACAAUCCCGUUGCUCGAGGGAGUGACUCCUCAGACAGAUAGACUGUCCCUGUCUCCAGAGAGAUGUGACCACCACAGCAUCUGUGACUAUACUGAGAGGGUUUGGAUCUUCCUUUCGUUUUUUUCUAAGAAAAAACAUUUUUCAGGAGAAUAUUCUUCUGAUAGCUUUCAUCAUUGAACUCAAUAAACUGCCCAUAAAAUUGCAAAUAUAAAA